CAGCUCGCCUUCAGUGAAGAGAAUAAACAGAACUGGAAGGUAUAAUUGUUACCUGAGCUCCACUACUUCACAGUAGAGAUUCCAGAGAAGGGACUCGUCAGUGGUCGGUACUGCAGAACACAAAGGCCCAGAAUACCCCAAGUUGCCAACAUCCACUCCGGCAAGUUCAGAGACAAGCAGAAGAAUGGUUAAAUCUUCCCAGUUAACAGGACUCCAGCAGAACCCCAGGAAGCACCAUCCAAAUCUCUCAUGCUUUUCCACCAUGGAACUUCGCUCAGGAUUCAUUGUGAGAAAGACCAGCCCUAAAUUGCAAAUGACCAUUGCAAGAUCACAGACAAUCAAGCAUUCAUCGAUAGCCAUCCAUAGACCGAUCGCAAUCAGUCCCAAGUCACAAAUGCCCAAAGAAAUGGAUCGAUCUACCAAGUUUUUUUCUGGACAACUCUUCCCUAAAGACUUUUCAGCAACAUACGUGGAGACCAAACGCUUUUACAUGACUACAGCCAACGGAAAACAUGUCAGUUUUGUUAGACAAAAUGAAGACUUAAAGAUGCAUGUCAAGCAUGAACCAUUUUUCAAGAAAGACGAGGUUCUCAUAGAAUUCUUCAAACCUCAAACUUCAUUCUCAUCAGGCAAGUCCAUUGUAGCCUUGAGCUGUAAAUUCACCAGUAAACUCUUCCUGUUACAUGCCAAUGGUUCUGAUGUCUCUCUUAAGCUCCAUAACCAGGAAAAGAACUGGGACAAGCAGUUUUUCAUUUUGCACCCAGAAGGCUCAGAGUUUUUCUUAUUUGAGUUUUUCACUAAGCGAGGAAGUUUUCUCUGUGCAAAGGCUCGCUUCCUUGAGCUUUGCCGAAAGUCUGAUAAUUCUAAUGACUUCAUGUUCAAGCUCACUAACUCUGAAUCCCCUUAACUCCAAAGACAUCAAGUUUGGCAGAGCAGGUGACCAAACUGAAACCAGAUGAGAAUGGGGGAGAAAGCUACACAACGUGAAAAGCAAGGAAAGCAUGUUUAGAUUGCUGGGGAGUUAGGUGCCCCAGUCUGACUCUUCUACUUACUUGAUUUGUCUUUCUUGAUCUUAGAAUUAAAGAGGUCCUGAUUCUCUGAGACUCAGAGAAAUUUGGGAUGAAAAGAAGCACCACACCCAAAAUUUCUCUGAUCCCUCAGAAGCAGGAUCUCUAGGACAGGUAGGAGUAGAAGGCAAGUCUGGUCUCUGGUUUUCCUCCAGAGUUUUGCACUUCGCUGGAGACUGGACUGGUUUUCAAGAGGUUUCAUUUAAAGGCCUCCUAAAUUCUAUGUGUUUCAUUCUAAAGAUGCUGCCUGACUGAAACACCAGGCUCAGAUUUUUCCCUUGUUCAAUAACACUAAAUGACAGUGAGUGAAGGAAAAACAUGGGGGCGGGGGUGGGUAUUCAAGGGGUAAAACUCAUACUGGGUGAGGGGGAGGUGGAAGAGAAUGGAGCUUGAAGAGGGUCUAGAAUUGCCAAUUUGGCGAAAGGGGCAGAGAGCAGAAUAAGGAUUCCCCCAAAAGACAACCUGGAUCUUGAGAUCUCCUCCAGAAUCAUCCUACACCUUAUGCUAACUCCUAUUCAUCACUGAGCACUGAGCACUUACUAUGUGGCAGAGCACUGUAGUAAGCACUUGGGGGAGUACAGUACAACAUAAAGAGAUGAAUUUAUUUGAGCCAUUCCUCUUUUUGGAAAGAGAUGGAGUAAAUACCCAGAAGGAGCUAUUGUAACAUACUUCAAUCAAUCAAUCAAUCGUAUUUAUUGAGUGCUUACUAUGUGCAGAGCACUGUACUAAGCGCUUGGGAAGUACAAAUUGGCAAACUUGCUUAAUACAUACUUGCUUAAUACAUGGCUGUGCACACAGUAAGCUCUCAAAUACCACUGAUUAGAAGGGAAAUAGCAGGGGUGGGGUUCACAAAGAGGAGACUGUAAACUCCUUGUGGGCAGGGUUGCUGUUUUAAAUCCUUCUAAUCAGUGGUAAUUAUUGAGAAAAAAUAGCAAUAGGGUGUCGACUAAGAUUGCUAGAAAGACAAUCCCUGCUGUUUGAGGUGAGGGUGCUCCACAACCUCAACUGAAUUUCUCAACCACAUUUUUUUCCCCCACAACCAAUUCCCCAGAGGUCACUUGUCAUUGUCCAAGUGUCUCAGCAGAUAGGAAGGAUUUUUCCAUUGUUUACCCAGGGAUAAAUUCCUCAUCCUAUAAAGUGGGGAUUAAAUACCAUUUUCCCCUUCCCCUUCGAUUGUGAGCUCCAUGUGGCAUAGUGACGG